AUGUCGCGCCUCUCAAGACAGGACUACCAUGGCUACCCACAGCAAACACAUGCUCGAUGGUCACCCUCACCGCCUCUCAACCGUCUCUCGGCAGCGAUGGACCCACGCCUCGCCCCUCGUCUCAGCAAUGCAGCACAACAGGAGCUGCAACCGCCUUCGCAAGCAACACAGCUCACGUCUUCCCAACUUACUCCAUCUUCCUCAUCGAUACCUUCCAAUGUCGAGGUGGUCCAAGCGGUUAACUCCAUGAGCUCUCAGAUCACCAAUCAGCUUUCCGUCAUGGGGACGCAGCUCGCAUCGCUGGUCUCACUCACCUCGAGACUCAUCGAGAUCUCCCAGAUGCAGCUCGCUGCGACCGACACGGCAGGCAGAGCAACGAGUGCCGCACCCGGCUCGGGCGUUCCAGGGCAACCUCUCGGCUCACAAGACCUACGAGCAGAUGUCAGUCCGGCCAACGGCAACGUCGAUCUCAAUCGUGCACGUGUCAAUGGCACCCAAAACUCCUCCUUUCCCAACAGCAACCUCUCGACCGCCACAUCAACAAAUACAGGGCGACCUGAUACACGGCAAGGCCAAUUCUACCAAAAUGCUGCUUCCAACAACUUCCGCACCACACUCGACUCUGCAAGCUCGACACUGGACAGAACGUUUGGCAGCACAUUGCGAGGGGCUUCACCCACCCCAACCUCUGCAUUGAACCACAGCUUGUCUGCCGCUACAGGGCGGGCGACACAGCAAACGACGCAGCAGCAACCACAACAGAUGCAGCAGCCCCAGCAGCAACAUCAUAUUCAAUCACAGCCACAAAACUUGCAGCAGCAGCAACAUUCGCAACAGCAACAGCCAGAUCAAUCCCAAGAUGCGAAUGAUCUGCUUAAGAGUCGCUUGCCGAGCCCAGUCUUCCCAGAUGACCCGAUGGACAUGUCAGCCGAAGUCUCCACUUCGGGUCAUCAGACUCCAGCCCAACUCAAACGUCUUUCCACAGCAGGUCAGGGAGCGAACGACAGCGCACGCAAAGCUGCCAACAAUUCAGAAGCUUCGUUGGGCGAUUGGAAAGGUUGGCUCAAUCGCACUUGGCAUCCACCUCCUGGUCAUCAGUCACGUUCGAUCAAGUAUCGUACCAUGCAACAAGCUCGUCGGGCUCAUCGGGAUCAGACGAAGCGUUCCAUGGCCACUCUCGGUCGUUUACCGCUGAAAGAAUUCCUGGAGAUCCGACCAGAGCAGUAUCUAAGCGUACGUAAGACCGGUCGUAAGCUGUACCAAGAAUGGCUGCUGCAAGAAGUUCGAUUGGCCAAGCAACCUGAGGAUCGAGUCAAAGCGGCUAUCAAUCGGCUCGAGAAUGACCAUCCAGAGCUUGGGGAUUGUGAAGAUCAUUGGAAAGCGAGACAGUUGCUGCAGCAGAUCAUUGAUAAUGCUAUCGAUGAGGCGAAUCUGCAUCGCAAAAAGGAGGCGAGGGCGAGCAAUGCGCAUCAAGAGCCGACCGAAAGUACGCCGAGGGAAAUGGAGAAUGCACGAAGCACAGGUAUGUUAGGUAUGAGUGCUAGCAGUUCGUCUUCGGCGUUGGCAGAUGCUGAUCGAAGUUUGAGAGGAGAUACGUCUGGACGGAAGGGGUCUACUGCUGGAGGUGCAGGUGCGAAUAAAGGUGCAAAAGGGGGUGUUCAGAGGCGAAAAGCGGAUCAAGCUGAACUGGAUGAUACACCGACACGGUUCCGACAACCGCCAAACCAACGCAAUUCGAUGUUGGGACCUGGUGGGAAUGAUGAUCCUGCAUCGUCGUUACAGACGCAGCAAGGGUCAUUGUCGUCUUCCGGUCUGGAAGCAGCGCAUAGUGGUCGUAAUGUUCCACUCUCGGAGUAUGCUGGCACAUACAACAACGACUCUUCCACCAUCGCCUCCGCUCCUUCCUCCGAUGCUAUGCAAGCUUCACGACAUCACCAUUUGCAACCGCAACCGCAGCAACACCAUAACGCGCAUCAACCUGAUCAAACGCAUAAUGCUUGGGCUUCUCAAACUGCUGCUACUGGUCCAUCGCUGUUCGGACAGUCGCAGUAUACAAAUACAGCACAGACUCUGUCUCAUCAGCAGCAGCAGUAUGGACAUCAUAGCCACCAUCAUAAUUCAGGGUACCUGUCGUCGGAUCCUGGUCAGACUGGUGGGCUGAGCGCGUCGAAUUCAGGCUUGCUGGAUGAGAGGGGUCAUCAGUCGCAUCUGAGUCCACUGGUGAAUGGAGGGAGUGUGAGGAUGCAUCAGCCUCAUCAACAGCAUCAACAGCAUCAACAGCAUCAACAGCAUCAUCAGCAUCAUCAGCAACAGCCGCAAGCGCAUGGAAAUUUCUUUGAUAAUAGGGGGUAUCAGUGA